CCUUCCACUCUGUCUCAGCCAUACGCGCUGCUGCGUCGUGCACGCAAGCUCGUACUGCCGACUGCCGUAGCAGAAAGCCAGAAACCUUGGAGAUCCGACCUGUCAAAGUACGAGGGCCAAUGGUACGCGAACACAAAACAUAAACAAGACGAGAGUAAGAUAUAGUUGCAAUAAUCAAUCCGUAUAUGUGCAGCCAGGAGCCAGCCAGUCUCGCCCGUUGAUUCUAUCUUCUCGCGCUAUAUAUCCUUUUGGCCUUGCUUUGGCCACCACGUACGUCCGGCAAGCACAAGCAACACCGUACUCUGAGUCCCUGACCUGAGCAGCUGAGCUCCUGCCACUCGGUUUCUGGUUAAUUAGAUGGCGGAGGAGGCGAAGAAGGAGGUGGCGCCGCCUGCGCCGGAAUCGACCAAAGACAUCGCCGAGGAGGAGAAGGCGGCGGUGCCGGCGCCGGAGGAGUUAGAGGCCCUCGUCGUCUCCGAUGGUAAGCCUGCAGCCACCGAGGGCUCACACGAAAGAGAUGCUUUCCUCGCGAGGGUCGCCACGGAGAAGAGGAUGUCGCUGAUCAGGGCCUGGGAAGAGAACGAGAAGGCCAAAGCCGACAACAAGGCGGCGAAGCUGGUGGCGGACAUCAGCUCGUGGGAGAAAUCCAAGGCGGCGCAGCUGGAAGCCGAGCUCAGGAAGAUGCAGGAGCAGCUGGAGAGGAAGAAAGCGCAGUACGCGGAGAAGCUGAAGAACAGCGUGGCCUCGGUGCACAAGGCGGCGGAGGAGAAGCGCGCGGCGGCCGAGGCGCGGCGCGGCGAGGAGAUCGUCGCGGCGGAGGAGGCCGCCGCUAAGUACCGCGCCAAGGGGGAGGCACCCAAGAAGCUCUUCUUUGCAUCCUGAUCGAUGUUUUCCCGUAUGCUGCUCUGUACAUGUGACAGUGGUUUGAUCGUUGGUUAAUUUGCAUCGCUCGUGUAUUUAUUUCUGUGGACGUGGUGUUAGUUUGUAUGAUAUCUGAUACAUUCGGGCAACACACGCGUUCCGUGAUUGAUUACUGUUUCUUGUUGAUCUAUAAAAGAUGUAGUCCGGUUUAUGCCAGCGUGGUAA